ACAAAAACAGAGCUUCAUACCAGAAAUAGAGUUUCAUACCAGUCUGCUGCAAUACUUCCAAUCACGAACCAGAAAUGGCAAUCUCUGCUCAAGCUCCUGAUAUUCAAGGAGAGCGUCAAUCUGGCCAAGAUGUUCGCACACAGAACGUGAUGGCGUGCCAAGCAGUUGCUAACAUCGUCAAAUCCUCACUAGGCCUCGUUGGACUCGACAAGAUGCAGGUACUAGUAGGGUUGGCUGAGCUUCAAGACCGAGAAUUGGUGACGGCAGAAGAUGAUAACGAUCAUUCUAUUAAUGUUUGGAAGGAUCGGAGAAGAUGCGGGGGUACGCGUGCUGAACGCGGUGGCGGCAUUUGUUGCAGCGGAAGAGCUUGUCGGAGAAGCCAACGUCGCCGCACAUGCAGCAAACAGUCUGAAUAUCCACCACUGUUGAAGGCUCCAAGGCGGCGGAGAGAGACUGAAGAUGAAGAGAGAAGUAACAGAAAAGAGUGAUGGUUUCAAGGUCCACCAGAGCUCCACCCCCCGACGAAUCAGCAUCAUCAGUUCAUCACCGUCCACUAAAGCAAUCAAUUAUCAAACUGUCAGCAGUGAAUAAAUUAAGCAUCAAAGUUUUCCAAUGUGCCUUUGGGUUAAGAAAUUGAAAUGGGGCCUCCAAUGUCUUUAUUGAAAAAUCUUCGAUUCCCUACGGAAGAUGCAUUCUUCUUUUAGGAUUCCGAUUUGGUUGGGGGGCAUGAUUUUGUUUUGUACUAGUUAUUCACACAACAGCCUUGUGUGGCUUCUGUAGGGCGGCAUUGGAAGAUACCAAUCACUUGUUUUUGGAAUGUCCCUUUGUAAUAAAAUUGUAGUGGAAAU